CAAUUUGGCGGCAUCUUCGCUGCAUCUUCUGCUUUUUUUGCUGCGCUUUUGUUGGUGUCUCGCGGCAAAAGACGCAAUCGAUGCCUGACGUUAGUCCUCGUGGCCAUGGGGCUGUGUGCCUGUGCGCACGCUGCCGCAACGGGUGCACCUACAGCGACGGCCACCACGGAGAAGCCGAAAGGAUUUUCGGCACGUUCCCUGGAGCUCAACUCCAACGGCGAUGAUGAUGAUGAAUUUGAGACACAGGCACAGACACAUUUGGCCUACCGCCAACCGCAGCAGCAGCAGCAGCGACAACUGUACGAGUACAGCGAGGAAGAUCAGGAGGAGGCGCCACGUCAGGUGUACGUCAAUCGCAACAAUGGCAAACAGCAGAGCAACUAUCUGAAGAAGCAGCCGCUGAGCGAGGAAAGCGAAGAGGAGGAAGAGGAAGUCGAAGAGCCCGAUCGUCUGUCCACGCUGCUCAGCAAAUCCUCGUUCAGCUGCACAGAUCGUAACUCCGGCUACUAUGCCGAUGAGUCGCUGAACUGUGAGGUCUUCCACUACUGCCAGGAGAGUCAGAAGCAUUCGUGGAUCUGCCCUGAGGGCUUUACUUUCCAUCAAAUCCAUUUGAUUUGCAUGCCCCCAUCGCACGACAACAUCUGCAAGCAGUCCUCUAAGUAUCAUAUUGUCAACGACUAUCUCUACAAGCCCAUCAAUCUGCAGGAGCAUCAGAGCAAGCCGAAUGUCACGCUGCGCUACUCUGAGCGCUAUUUCCCUGAGAACUAUUAUGAACACGAGCGUUACGACGAUGAGGAGGAGGAGCUUCCCGCGCCCCGUCCCCGCAUUCAACAUCAGCCUCAGCAGCAUCGCCAAGCGAUUGCCUAUCAGCCGCAGCCGCAGCCGCAGCCACAGCAUCAGCCUCAACCUCAGCAGCUGCAGCACGCGCCCCAAGUACGCGUCCAAUACCAACAGCAGCCUCAGCAACAGCAACAGCAGGUUGUUACACAGAUCAGACACCAGCAGCCGCAGCCCACAACUAUUGCCUAUAGGAAGCCAUUGCCCACGACAACCAUACAGCCACAGAUACAGCCACAGCUGCAAUUGCAUCAGCUGCAGCAUCAGCAUCAAAGACCGCAGACGUUGGCGCCCACAGUAACACCGGCGCCGUAUCGUUUCUUCACUGCUUCGCCGCUUCAGCAUCUGCAACAGCAUCAGCAGCAGGUCUAUCGUACUCCAGAAGAGAUUAACAUAUCGCUGCAGCAGCGCCGGCCUCAAGUGUUCAUUGCCUCAACAACGCCCCGCUAUUACGAGGACGAGUACCUGUACGAGCGAAGGAAGUGAACGUGAGAGCAAGAACAGCAGACCAGCUGACUAGCUG